UCCGCGUAGCCGUACACACACACACUGCUGUGCCGCACAAGUGCUGUGAGCGACCACAGAACAAACACGCACACACGCACGCGCGCACACACUUAAAACGCACAACCAGGCACGCGUACCUGUCACACGUCAAGGCACGGCGCUCCUCGAUCUCAAGGUGCGCGCCACGUUUGUCUCGGGCUGAAGGGCACACACACGGUCGAGCAGACGAGAAACCCGGCGAGGAGAGCAGGCAGGCAGGCAGGUUGACGGUGCAGUUUGCGGGAGAGGGGAGCCGGCAUGUGUCUGCUACUGCUGCUGUACGUGGCCGUGCCGUUGCUGGUGGUCUACGCGGUCGCUUCGAUCUUCCUCCUCAAGAACCCUGCCGUGCUGCACAGGAAGAAGAAUCUGCACUUCCACUGCAGACACAUCUCCCACCGUGGCGGCGCCGGAGAGAAAACCGAGAACACAAUCGAGGCCUAUGAGAACGCGAGGCAGGCCGGCACGCACAUGCUCGAGCUCGACGUCCAAAUCACCAAGGACGGAGUGAUCGUGGUGGCGCACGAUGACGACCUCCGGCGGUCCACGGGCAGAUCGCAGCGCAUCCGUGACCUCAACUUCGAUGAGCUGCCCAUAUACAAGGACAAACUCGAAAUCACAUUCGACCAAGGCCACUACAACAAGGCGUCCAAGGACCGUAGAAUCCCCACGCUGCGCGAGGUUUUUGAGAAGUUCUCCGAUCUGGCCAUCAACGUUGAGAUCAAGGAGGACAACGAUGAGACCAUCAACAAGGUGGCCGAGUUGGUGGAGGAGUUCGGGCGGGAGGACCGCACGGUGUGGGCGAGCGCCAUCUGGGAGGUGAUGCUCAAGUGCCGGGUCGCGAACCCUCGGAUGCCCACCAUGUUCAGCACGGGUCGCAUCUACUACCUGCUGCUGCUCUUCUACACGGGGCUGCUGCCCUUCAUGCCCUUGCCCGAGUCGCUCUUUGAGAUGAUCAUGCCCUCCAUAUGCUACAGGACCUACAUUCCCGAGAAAGGUGAUGGCAUGCUCAGGUACAGGUGGCUCGUGGGGAUCCUGGACAGACUCAUUAUGAACAAGGCCCUCUUCAAGCACCUGACCGACCGUGGAAUUCAGGUCUGCCUGUUUGUACUCAACAACGACCGCGACUACAGGCGUGCGUUCGAGCUGGGAGCUACCGGGGUGAUGACCGAUUACCCGCACAAGCUGGCCGCCUUCCUGCAGAGGACCACGCAAAACGCUCAGUAGAGACGGUGGCGGUGACGGCGAGGACGAUGACCGCGACGAUCAUAUGCACAGGGGCGUCAUUUCUCACCGAGUAUUUUCUGUGUCGCUGGUAGACCGAAGUAGGUGGUACGUGGCUAGCAGUAGUAGCGCAAUAGUGGCGCAGUACCACAGCGGGGGAUUUACUCGGUGUGAUGUGUCGGGUCGGUGAUCCAGACAGACCAGGGUGAAAUUAAGCCAUGAUCGUAAGACAUCGUUCCACAAAUCCUCCGCAAUUCUGUGCGUCUCCUCGCUUAAAUGAGCGUUUGCAGCAUUGGUCCACCCUUACUCAGCCACCGGUUUGGAUCUUCCACAUUCUUGUGAUUGCUUUAAGGACGAACUAACCUCAGCCAUAGGAAUGUGGAAUUUCCACCGCCGGGUCACUCUUGCGGUCUUUUAUACGCGGAGACGCCAAAACAACGGAGUGUUUAAUUAUGUUAUUUAUGUUCGUAUGUGUAGAACCACAGAGCGUUUAAUGCAUUUUGUACAAAAACUAAUCAUACUGUAAUAGGCAAUGACUCAAAAAGUAAAACAAUUACAUCUACUACAAAGAUGUCACCAUAUGAACACCACAAUGUGUGAUUGUAUUUUACGUUACAAUGUGAAAUUAGUGUGGGUGGGCGUACAAUGUGCUGGGCCUUCAUCUACCAGUGAACGUGUUCAUCGCUCAACUUUUUGUUGUUGUUAAUUCCCUCCCAUCGUCUUAUAGUUCUGAUAACCGGUUAGAAUUACAUCAAUCUAUUGAGCGAGCAAACUAAACUUUCAGUGGUACUGUGGUCGUUUCUGGCUGCUUGGCAUUUUUGGAGCGUUGGGGCAUGAGCUCAGCAACUGUGAUUUGAUUAGAUUUUUUUUUAUUUCAAAGCAAAUGUAUUAACGUAGAGUUAGCUUGAUCCAUGCUGUGAAAUGUUAAAAAGGAAAAAAAAGAACGUCUUCAUAUUUAAUUUCGGAUUCUUUUUUUUCAUAUGAGAAACGUUUCUCAAGUAAACCUUCAUAAAGUAAUGGGUUGCCAGCUUUAAUGUUACUGCAUUCGUUCGUCUCUCAGUCCGCUUGUCCUGGUGAGGGUCGCGGCGGCAGCGUGUUGAGUAGUGGCGGUCCACACCUCCCUUGCCCUGGCGACAGACUCCAGCACUACUACACUACACUAUACACUACUAUACACUAUACACUACUAUACACUACACUAUACACUACUAUACACUACACUAUACACUACACUAUACACUACACUACUACACUACACUAUACACUACUAUACACUAUACACUACAGCAGCGUGUUGAGUAGUGGUGGUCCACAUCUCCCUUGACCUGACGACAAACUCCAGCACUACUACACUACACUAUACACUACACUAUACACUACACUAUACACUACACUAUACACUACUAUACACUAUACACUACAGCAGCGUGUUGAGCAGUGGUGGUCCACAUCUCCUUGACCUGGCGACAAACUCCAGCACUACUACACUACACUAUACACUACACUAUACACUACACUACUACACUACACUAUACACUACUAUACACUACUAUACACUACAGCAGCGUGUUGAGUCGUGGCGGUCCACACCUCCCUUGCCCUGGCGACAUACUCCAGCACUACUGCACUACUAUACACUAUUAUACACUACACUACUAUACACAGACUCCAACUCUUCCUGGGGAACCCCCAGGCGUUCCAGGCCAGCUGCAUGGCAAAGUCCCGCCAGCAUGUUCGAGGCCGGCCCCUUGGGGGGGUCUUCGCCCAGUUUCUGUACAAAAAUUCAGAAUCACUUAUCGGUAACAUUAAACUGGAGUACAUCUUACGUUGUUGACCCAAAACAAUGAGACACAAACAACAAAUUGAACAACGCAUUUAUGACGUACACCAAAACUCUUGCCCAUCGCCGAGGGUUACGUUCUUGAACAUGGCUGCAAUCGGCAACCCAAACAUAACAACACCAUGUGAGACUAGGCUCUAAGGAAAGCUGUCUCGGGUGUGGACCAAUCAAUUUCAAGGACAGUGCAUACAUUAUCAGAGUUGUGUUUUUUGUUUGCAUUCUGCCCGCAGGUAUUGUGGUCAAUGCAAACAUGACUCCUUGUAAAAAAAAGUGUCAGUUUUGUUGCCAGAUAAAAGGGUAAAAAACCAAUUAUUAUUUUUCUUAGUGUAAAAUAUAUGAUAUGAAAAAUGUUACGUAAUGUACAA